CCUGGUAUGUUUCUAAUCAUGGAACUAUGAUAUAUCUAAUUCAUCUUGAUGUAUUCAGAAUUAUGAAAUGACAUGUUACUUGGCUUUUGCAGCACAAUGGUGGUCUAUGUUCGCCUCAGACACGCCGAAUUUGAAGAAGCUUGCGUUGCGUUUGGUUGGUCAAUGUUGCUCCUCUAGUGGAUGUGAAAGGAAUUGGAGCACAUUCGCAUUCGUACAUACGAAGGUCCGUAAUAGACUUACCCACAAGAAGCUCAACAAGCUAGUGUACGUGAACUACAACCUUCGCCUUCGAAUUCAGCAAGCAAAUGCCCAAAUUAGGGUGGAGGACGAUGAUCCCCUUCAAAGAUUAGCGGACCUCUCAUUCUAUGAAACUAACAAUCAUAUCAGUGCCUGGAUGGACAAUGCUCGCUCUAAUGCUUGCCCCGAACUAGAUGAAGAUUCAGCUGAGAGUGACGCUCCCCUGCCUAGUCAACUUGUGUCUGACCUAGUCAACUUGGAUGACCUGCGAAGGACCACGGGAGCUUCUAGUAUUGCUGAGUGGGCUGAUACGAAUGUAGGUGACACUCAUAUUGGGAAAAGGAAGACUCGAAAGCCGCCAAAAGCACGUCCAUCUAAAAAGGUAAAGGGCAAGGGUCCACGAUCGACUAGUGUUGAUAGCGAUGAAGAGACCCAAGGAAGCCCAGAGUACCAAGAGUCCAAUGAUAGUAGCUCAAGAACUGAAACAGAUGACGGCGACGACGAUGGUCAAGGAGGCCAAGGCACUACUAAUGUGCCUCCUAGGGGUCACACCCAACAAUCAGAUCACCACAGCCCCGUUCAAUUCACUGGUGAGGGCGACUUCACUCAUGCUACUCAGGACCAGGAUCAUGGUGCUCCAAGCUCUCAACGAACUACCAUUGCACCGGGAGUCCGACAACAGCAACAAUUCAGUGACAUACAACAGGAUAGCUCUAGCUCAUUCAGUGCCUCUAGCUUUGAAAGUGGCUAUCCAACGUAUGUGUACAACCGUCCCCAAGCUUCUGAUUAUCCUGCUACUACAUGGGUGUAUGAAUGGCAAGAGCCUCAGUGGUAUGCUCAAUUGUACGCUCAGUGGCAAACAACAUCAUCAUGGACAGGUCAAAGUUGGGAGGAAUACAAGGCGGGGUUGCUACAUUCACAUGGCUUGAUGCUCAUGUCCACAGAGGAGUACAAUAUGGCAUAUAAUCAGUGGAAUGCGUAGCUAUGCAUGUCCUUGUUUAUUUCCUUUCAUUCGAACUAGAAUUGUAAUCGUGGACAUUAUACUGUGGACUCUAUUGUUAUUGUGGACUAUAUUGUUAUUCUGGACUGUAUUGUUAUUCUGGACCUACAUGUGGACAUCGUUAUGCUUUGAAAUGUGAGAUUGAUGAUUGUUAUUGUUGUUAUAAUGUUAUGAAUUAUUGUAU